AUGGUCAAUAGUCAUGGCCUGGGACCUGGCUGGCUCGAACGCAAUUCUCCAGCUGGUGCCCCAAUUCACAAGGGCAUCGAGAGCAUUUUGCAGGACUGUCGAGCUGUGGUCAAUGGUAUCCAUGGUGGACAGGCACUGAAACAGCGUUGUGUCGUCAGCAUAAGCGCUGACUGCAACUACACCAUAGCCAACCUGGGCACUUUCAUCUUAACUCACGGCAGCCUUCGCACUCUGCAAUGUCCACUUGGCCACAAACCUGUUGCUCCGUUCACCAUCAUCUGUGGCCUGAAGGCCGAGCCAUCCACAUCGCAGCCUCAGUCUUGUACACCAAUGACCUGCCCUGACAUUGGGGCCGGUCUGACAAACUACAACUUAUCACCGACCAAGAUCAAUGUGAACUACUCCCGGGCUGGACUGCACCCUGUCGGGGCCAGCGCCUCAAUUUUCUGCGACCCAUCCAGCAACGAACGUCUAGAGCUGCAGGUGCCGCCCCGCUUGCCACCGUUGGCAGCAAUGCUUGUGUGCACGUUCCGAACCGACCGCAUUAUGGAGGAAAAUGUAUGGGUUCCCAGCCCCGGCUCCCCGUUCAGUGACGUAUCGGGCGUGCAGUGCUCGGAUUCUUGUGAGUUCUCUCUGGCCAUUCCGAACGGCUACCUGGCCAGGACACGAGGUGGACAGCCGGCCGACGUAAGAUGCAACCCGGGCUAUGCCCUGCUCAGACACGGCAACAUCACGUGUGGUGGUGCCAGCAGUCCAACUAAUGCCUUUUACACCUACACGCCUCUGGCUGACGGCAGCCUGCCUUUCUCCUGUGUCUCUAUCGACCCUUGCCAGUCUGCUUCAUGCCCGGGGAAUGCAACGUGCACGCCGCAAGGUGUCGCCGCCUACAAGUGUAAGUGUCCCGCUGGGUAUUACCACAACGCCUUCUAUGGUGCUUGCGUGGAUAUUGACGAAUGUAAACAGCCAGCCGCCGCCAGAACACUGGCCUGCCACGCCAACGCGUCCUGCGUCAACAGCGAGGGAUCGUACUAUUGCGAGUGCGAUCGCGGCUUCGCCGGCAACGGAGUGACCUGUGCGGACAAGAACGAUUGCGACAAGCGUGGCACGUGUUUGGAGAACUCCGAGUGCAUCAACACCCGCGGCUCAUACAGUUGGCAGUGCAGAACCGGUUUCUACCACUACGGCGCCGUGUGUCUGGACCUGGAUGAAUGCCAGACGCCGGCGAACAACACGUGUGACGCGAACGCCGCAUGCCGCAAUACGCUGGGAUCACACGAGUGCUCGUGUCUGCCGGGAUUUACCGGCAAUGGCACGCAGUGCGAUAACGUGGUCGAGUGCCUCGGCGGCGCGAGCGUUUGUGCCGCCACGAAUGCGGUGUGCACAGACCUGUUCGGCUCUUACGAGUGUGAGUGCAAAACGGGAUACACUGGCAACGCUCACACGAAUUGCACCGACGUGAAUGAGUGUAAUGUCGUGGGCACCUGCCACGAAUCAGCGCAGUGCAUGAACAACCCGGGCAAUUUUACCUGCACAUGCAAUACAGGUUACAGUGGAGAUGGACAGCAGUGUACUGAAAUAGAUGAAUGCUCAACUGGCACUCACAAGUGCCAUUCUGAUGCUGUCUGUAGCAGCAGUGCAGGAAACUUUACUUGCAGUUGCAAGAAUGGUUUCUUUGGCAAUGGAACGAUAUGCCAAGACAAGGAUGAAUGUGGUGGAGCUGUACCAGUGUGCAGUGUAAACUCUGUAUGUGACAACCUUCCUGGUUCUUUCCGUUGCAAUUGCCUUAGUGGUUACUUGAAGAUUGGCGUAUCUUGUGUGGAUGUCAAUGAAUAUAACGGCACGGACUGCGUCGAUCACAACGAAUGUCAGGAUGGUGGCCAUGAUUGCCAUGACAACGCAAUGUGCUCCAACACGGCAGGAGGUCAUGAUUGCUCAUGUUACCCAGGUUAUGAAGGUCCAGGCACAUGCUGUUCAGAUGUGGACGAGUGUGCAGGUGAUCUUCACGACUGUUCGUCGGAUGCCACUUGUCAGAACAACAUUGGUAGCUUCAGUUGUUCAUGUACUUCAGGAUACAAGGGUAAUGGAAAGAGUUGUGUGAAUGUUGAGGAGUGCCUGAAAUCACCGUGUGACGAGAAUGCCAAGUGUACGGACACCGUUGGAAGUUUUACUUGUGCAUGUAAACAUGGUUAUACCGGAACAGGAAAGUUCUGUGUGGACAUUGAUGAAUGUUCGAGUUCCAAGGCCAACAUGUGUCACAGUGAUGCAACAUGUUCAAACAAAAAGGGUUUCUACAAUUGUACGUGUAAUAGUGGUUUUCACGGCGAUGGCAUAAACUGCACAAACAUCCGUGAAUGUUCCAAUUCAUCAACCUGCACCUCGAACUCUAGCUGCACAGAUAAUGUCGGUUCGUAUACAUGCAAGUGCGAUAGUGGUUUCUCAGGUGAUGGGAUUUCAUUAUGUUCUGAUGUGGACGAGUGUUUGGUGAUAACCUCUUGCCAUGCUGAUGCAAUCUGCACGAACAGUGAGGGAAAGUUUGAUUGCAGUUGCAAAACUGGUUACAGUGGAGAUGGACAGCAGUGUACUGAAAUAGAUGAAUGCUCAACUGGCGUUCACAACUGCCAUUCUGAUGCUAUCUGUAGCAACAGUGCAGGAAACUUUACUUGCAGUUGCAAGAAUGGUUUCUCUGGCAAUGGAGAAACAUGCCAAGACAAGAAUGAAUGUGCUGGAGCUGUACCAGUGUGCAGUGUAAACUCUGAAUGUCACAACGUCCCUGGUUCUUUCCUUUGUAAUUGCAGUACUGGCUACUUGAAGGAUGGAAUAUCUUGCGUGGAUAUCGAUGAAUGUAACGGCACGAACUGCAUUGAUCACAACGAAUGUCAGAAUGGCGGCCAUGAUUGCCAUGACAACGCGAUGUGCUCCAACACAGUGGGAGGUCAUAAUUGCUCAUGUGACCCAGGUUAUGAAGGUCCAGGUACCUACUGUUUAGAUGUGGACGAGUGUGCACGUGAUCUUCACGACUGUUCAUCGGAUGCCACUUGUCAGAACAACAUUGGUAACUUCAGUUGUUCAUGUCAUUCAGGAUACAAGGGUAAUGGAAAGAGUUGUGUGAAUGUUGACGAGUGCCUGAAAUCACCGUGUGACGAGAAUGCCAAGUGUACGGACACCGUUGGAAGUUUUACUUGUGCAUGUAAACAUGGUUAUACCGGAACAGGAAAGUUCUGUGGGGACAUAGAUGAAUGCUCAACUGGCGCUCACAACUGCCAUUCUGAUGCUAUCUGUAUCAACAGUGCAGGUAACUUUACUUGCAGUUGCAAGAAUGGUUUCUCUGGCAAUGGAGAGACAUGCGAAGACAAGGAUGAAUGUGGUCGAGCUGUACCAGUGUGCAGUGUAAACUCUGAAUGUGACAACGUUCCUGGUUCUUUCCGUUGUAAUUGCUUUACUGGCUACUUGAAGGAUGGAAUAUCUUGCGUGGAUAUCGAUGAAUGUUCUAAUAGUUCUUACACUACCAACUGCCAUGCUCAUUCAACAUGCUCAAACACCAAAGGAAGCUAUGUGUGCGUCUGUCAUCAAGGACACAAUGGUAAAGCUAUUUAA